AGAAGGUGGACAACAUGGAACCGCGGCAGAGCGCUCUGGUGGACAACGUCUCUCUGUUGCACAGUUUUCAUUCAGUACAAGAUGAACCUUCAUUUCCUGGCAGUGCAGAAGGAGUGAAAAAUCAUUCAUCAAGCAUGCCCUGUAUACGCCAAGGCAGUGGUGGGGAACGCGCGGAUGCAGGGCAGUUACAAGCUGACGGAGAUAUUGUGGAGGAUCUUAUAGGUGACGAGCUGGACGGUAAAUCCUCUUGCGGGUAUCGCUCGCUAAUUGAUCCUGGAGAUACCACGACUAUGGAUCAUGAACAAGUUCACGAUGCCCCUAAUGGAACGAUUUCUUGCCCAAUUUUUACCUCCCCCGGGGAAUUGCAGUCAGAACCUCUCCACACGGGAAAGCACAAAGAAGUUUGUCAGUUGCAGCCUCUGCCUUCCAGUGAGAACCUCAGUCAGUCAAUGUCUACCAAGUCCGUGAGUACAGAAUCCAGUACCUCUUCCGUAGUGUCGUCUGGGGCAUUGCCAUCUUCCGCCUCCUAUAUACCAGUGGACUGCAGAAGCGUGAGGUCGGAAGAACCAAGACAUUGUGCAGAGCCCAGCAAUUCAAACAGGCAUGGGUUAAAGCAGGAUACCGCUGAUAUAUCUGAGGGCACGGGCAUGGGGGGAAGCAGGGAGAAUCGAGUGGCCCUCCUGCAAGCUCUACCGGCCGAGAAAGAUGAAGACGUCAGUCAGAUCAGGGAAGAACUAAUGAAACGGAAGCUCAUGAACCAGCAACUACUCAAAGAACAGUGCCUGGUGAUGUCUAUGAAUAACAGACUUCAUAAAGAGAGCAAUGAAGCUGGAGGAGUUGCAUUUCACACCAACAUGGGAGUACCAGUGCUGCAUCAACACAUAGAGCAUCUUAAGUGUCACCUCACUUAUCUUCAAGAUGCCAAUGACAGCACCAUCAAUGAACUCACCAAGGCUGAUGAGGAAAUCUCCCAACUCAGAGGAGAGAUAGCUGAGCUGAGAGCCAAACACACAGAAGAGCUACAAGCAGUCAAGGAAGAGAGUGACUACUUCAAAACUAAGUUUACCAGACUGUAUUGUGACGCAUCCCAGAACACCGCAAAGAGCAACACAGACGACUUGCUGGAACAAAUCCAACAAUUGAGAACUGAGUCCCGCAAACUCAGGGAAGUCAUCCACAAACUAGAUGAAGAAAACCAUCAACUCAAAGAAAUUCUAUGGGAUCUCAAGCAACAAGACAAAUGGUUGUCAAAACAAUUCAAAGGAAAUAAGGGGGAUGCAGAAAUCACCAAAAAAGGCCACUGGACACUUUCAGGAACAAAGGCACAAGUGCGUAAGGGAGAGAGUGAGACUGUGUUGCAGAAAAUGUCUUCUGUACCACCGUGCUUACACUCCAUCUCCCCAUCUUCACAGAUCAGCUUUGAAUAUUUCAAUAUCGAAGACAAAAGUGGCCCAGUUAAAUCAAACCAGCAAGAGAGUGUAAUGACUUUCGAUCAGCGACUGAGAUCCUGUGAAGAUGUAUGCGUGGAGAGAUCUGCAAGUAGUUGUUCUUCAGAUUCAAUCGACAGCAACGACACCGAGGCUCUGCUGGCAUCUUGCAACGACGUUACCGAUGGUCAGCUUAUUAAUCCCAAGGUUCAUCACGGUGAAGACAGUCUGCCAGAACUGGAUAGAUGGAGUGAAGAUGACAUGUCGUUUGUUCACCUAAACAAUCCCCACCAACGGUUCCACCACGAGCACUGCUCCAGUUCACCUCUCUGCAAAUCGUUAACUUCAUCAGUUGGUUUCAGCAGCAGCUGCCUCACCAGGAAAACAAGGGGCUUGGUCAACAAGGUGGUAUUGCCCCGACGUCCGUUUGCUCCCAGAGGCAUAGCAGAUCUGAAACUGGGGCACCUCGUUAAGUUCUCUCGGCCUGCCGGAAAGAUUGGCAAAGGAGUGAUCAGGUACCGGGGCCACCUCCCUGGAAGGCAGGAGGCAUAUCUGGGCGUGGAACUGGAGGGCACUGAAGUUGGCCGGCACAACGGAACCUUUGAAGGAGUUCGUUAUUUCACUUGUAAACUGAACAAAGGUGUGUUCGUUAACUUCAGUAAAGUUAUCAUGGCCUGGGAAUAAAAAGAAGUUGGAACAAAUAAUUCUCAUGGAAGACAAAAGAAAAUUUCUAACAUAAAAUGACAAUGAGAUGAGUUUUGUUUGGAGAGAGACAAAAAAAUCCCACACAUGGUACCUGCUUCAAUUGCAAACUUUAUGGUUUAUGCGUUCAAUGUACUUAAUGUUUGGCACUAAUAUUAACCUCAAACUUAUCUAGUUGUUGACCAACAUGUACCAUUCUCUGCACUGUGUAGUCAACAGUCUCUGACAAUCAUGUCUGCAGUCCAAUUGCACUUCCAGUAUUUUCCACUUUGGAACUAAUAUAUCCCCAUUCUUAAACAUUCACUAUCACUACAUAAGACCCAAACUGACAUUCAUAAACAUUUAAAGACAGAAUUGACAGCAUUUGCUUUUGUUUCCCUUUUUAGAUUUUCUUUGCUAUACUUAAAAUACAUUUGUGAAUAUUAGCCCAGAAAUUCCAGAGCUUGUCACUGACUGGCAAUUAAGCACAAGUAUGUCUUUGGUAAACCCACCAUUCUCACACUGAUCUCAAACAAGUCUGAUCUUUAAUGGUGAUUUCCUUUACUCCUACAGCAUUUUACAUCGAUUGAGGAGGGUUAGGGCAGAACAAUUGUUUUUCCUUGAAAAUACUGACAAAGGUCACUGCAAAAGCUGUU